AUGGUUGGUGUUAUUCUUAUUACUCCUACAGCAAAACAAAGUAACACUGCAACAGAUGAUAAAGAAAAAUUAGUCGAUGGUGAUACAAUUAUUGAUGUUGUGGCAAUAAAAGAAGGCUUAGAGGAUCCAACAUUGAUAACAACUAGCGUUCGCCAACGUAGAGAACCGCCAUCAGGCUUAUUAAUUUGUGUUUCAGCUGUUUUAUUACUUGUUUGUAUCUCAAUUGGUAGCUGGUUAUUCUAUGAUUUUUAUAAUCGUGCACCACGUACCUGGCAUCGUACAUGUAAAUAUCGUUUAAAAUCAACUCAAUUGGAUGAUGGUGGAAUAUUUUUUGACCAUGGUGGUCUUGUAGCAUUUGAUGAUGGAAAUAAUCACUUAAUAUCAAAUUUCGUCAAACAAGGUAGUGAAAACAACUAUGAAUUCAAUCCGACCAAAAAAGAUAUUCCAGAAGAAUUUCAACAAGACGUUAAAAUUGAUGUUAAAAAUAAUUUAGAAUUAAUCGAUGUACCCCAACUCGGUAUUUCAAAUCACAUACGAGUUGUUCAUGAUUUUCAGCAUAAUACGACGGCUAUACGAGAUUUUGAUGUUGAAAAAUGUUUUGUUUUACCAUUAGAUCGUGAGCAUGUACCAAAUCCAGCUAAUUUUAUAGAAACAUUUUUAAUGAAAAUGCCAGGCAGUUAUUUACCGGAUAAUGAAAUAAUUCGUAGAACAAUGAAAAUUCAAAUGCCAUCAUUGACUAGAAAAGAAGUACGUGAUGCCUAUGGAUCAGUUAUUAGUGAAGAGUGCAAUGGUGUUAAAGUAUAUCGCCUUGUUAAAAAACCAGCCGAAGAAGAAAAGAUCGUCGUUCGUAGAAGUCGUUCAAUAAAACACUUCUAUGUGUUUUCAGCUGGAAAAAAAGCAUUUGCCAUUGAUGUUGAUUAA